AUAUAAUAUAGGGUGCUUGGGUCAAUUUGAGGCUGCUGUGAAUAGCAUAUUCAUAAGUUGACGAAGGUUAUUGAAAUAGAAGUCGAAUAUAAAACAGCCUAGAAACAUAUUUUAGUAAAUGCUAAAUGGGGUUAGCUUCUGAACAUGAUAAAAGCAAGUUCCCUCGAGUUUGCAAAACAAAUAGAAUCUUGACACUGUUAUAUAUGAAUAAUUAGAAAACCACGAGGGGAAAUAUAUAUUAAAAAAAAGGCAAGAAGAAGGCAGUAGAGAAUAACCUUAACGUGCUAGCUAUGCGUGCCUCUGUGUUUGUUAUUCUAGUCUGAAUAAUGAAUUCACUUUAGGGCAAUUUUUAUUAAAAGCAUUGACAACUAAUUAAUAAACUAAUUUAAUGACGGUCCAAGAUUACUUCAUUAACACGAUUCUUCUCGAGGAGAUUUUCUUUUCUUUUUUUCUCUUCUCAUUGCUCAUGCCUAUGUUAGGUCCACUGUCAAUCAAAAUUGGUAGGCUGGAUUCAGUAGCAAGAGACUCGACCAUCUCGACCAUUUCAUGCUACAACACAGGAUUAAUUGAAUUUCUAACACCAUUAAUGCGCACCUCCUUUAGCCAAUGCUUUUUUAUAUAAAGUAAACAAAUAAUGACAGUGUACAGCCGUAUCAAUUAUGAUCAUUUAUAGUCUGUUAAUUAUGCUUCACAUUUAAGGCCAUGAUGACGUAGCAAUCAGAAGCCCAGUCUUCCCAAAUAUUUCCCUUUUUGUGUUCCAUCUCUUUAUUUCUCUAUCCUGCUUUUCUUUCUUUUUGUUUUGUCUUUUCGUGUUCAAGAUGUCCAAGUAAGAGUUGAAUGGACAUGAAGCAUAUGUUUAUGUUCCACCUGCAAUUACCAAUCGUUUAACAGUUUAAACUGUAGAAAUAGUAAUUAAGUAUAAAUAAAUUACUUCUUAAAAUUGCUACAAGAUGGGAGAUUUCUUUUUUGGGCCGAGGGUCUUACUGAUUGGGCUUUAUGAGUUGGAUCUACGAGAUCUCUAUAUAGAAUAGAACGCUUGGGUUGGAGCGAGUAGGAGAGCAGCCGUUAAACACAAAUUUCCCUCUCAAUCUUUUGCAAUUUUAAAUUCGAUUUGUGUAAAUGAACUUAAGAAGAGAGCCGCAUGCAUGAUUAGACUUCUUUCCUCCAACUCUAGAACACUUGAAAAUUUUGCAAGUUAUUGUAAAUGUUCUUUGCAAAGAGGAUUCUUAGCCGAAGCAGCUCAACUGGCCCAAUUUCAAUGCAAUUCUCUUCCACAAUUCGAUCCUUAUGCAUAUGGUGCUCUGCUUCGACAUUGUAUCCAAACCGGUGAUCUAAUUGCAGGCAAGGCUCUUCAUUCUCAGAUAUUAAAGAAGGGAAAUUGCCUAGACUUGUUUGCUCACAACAUUCUUCUCGACUUAUACAUUAAGUCAGAUACAUUAUCUGAUGCAAGGAAACUGUUCGAUGAAAUGCCUGACAGAAAUACUGUAUCAUUUGUUACUCUGAUUCAGGGCUAUGUGCAGUCCUUUCAAUUGGAUGAAGUGGUUGACUUGUUUUCUAGGGUACACAGAGAAGGCCAUGAGCUUAACCCUUUUGUUUUUACUACAAUUUUGAAGUUGUUAGUUAGUGUGGAGUGUGCAGAGUUGGCUUAUAGCUUACAUGCUUGUAUUUACAAGCUCGGUCAUGAGUCUAAUGCCUUUGUUGGGACUGCUUUAAUUGAUGCUUAUGCUGUUUGCGGUUCUGUUAAUAGUGCAAGACAAGCUUUUGAUGCGAUUGCUUGUAAGGACAUGGUUUCUUGGACUGGGAUGGUUGCUUGUUAUGCUGAGAAUGAUCGUUUUCAAGAUUCCUUGCAACUUUUUGCAGAGAUGAGAAUGGUGGGUUUCAAUCCUAAUCAUUUUACUUUUGCUGGUGUGCUCAAAGCUUGUAUUGGGCUCGAGGCUUUUAGUGUGGGGAAAAGCGUCCAUGGUUGUGUUUUGAAAACUUGUUAUGAAAUGGAUCUGUAUGUGGGCGUUGGCUUGCUUGACUUGUACACUAAAUUUGGAGAUGCAAAUGAUGUUUUACGGGUGUUUGAAGAGAUGCCUAAACAUGAUGUGAUUCCUUGGAGUUUUAUGAUUUCAAGGUAUGCUCAGAGCAACCAGAGCAGAGAGGCUGUGGAGCUUUUUGGUCAGAUGAGGCGAGCUUUCGUCCUUCCAAAUCAGUUUACAUUUGCUAGCGUGCUGCAAUCGUGUGCAAGUAUAGAAAAUCUUCAAUUAGGAAAACAAGUACAUUGCCAUGUGCUUAAGGUUGGCUUGGAUGGAAAUGUGUUUGUUUCAAAUGCUUUAAUGGAUGUGUAUGCUAAAUGUGGGAGGUUGGACAACUCAAUGAAACUGUUUAUGGAAUUGCCAAACAGAAAUGAGGUAACUUGGAACACAAUGAUUGUUGGCUAUGUGCAAUCAGGUGAUGGAGAUAAGGCUUUAAGUUUAUAUAAAAAUAUGCUUGAAUGCCAAGUUCAGGCUUCUGAAGUGACAUACUCUAGUGUUCUUCGUGCUUGUGCUAGUUUAGCAGCCAUGGAGCUAGGAACUCAGAUUCAUUCAUUGUCACUGAAAACCAUCUAUGAUAAGGACGUGGUGGUUGGUAAUGCUUUAAUUGAUAUGUAUGCCAAGUGCGGAAGCAUUAAAAAUGCACGCUUAGUGUUUGAUAUGCUUUCUGAACGUGAUGAAAUUUCAUGGAAUGCAAUGAUCUCAGGAUAUUCCAUGCAUGGUUUAGUUGGGGAAGCCUUAAAAGCUUUUCAGAUGAUGCAGGAAACAGAGUGUGUGCCUAACAAGUUAACCUUUGUCAGCAUCCUAUCAGCGUGUAGCAAUGCAGGGUUGUUAGAUAUAGGACAAAAUUAUUUCAAAUCUAUGGUACAGGACUAUGGCAUUGAACCAUGCAUGGAGCACUAUACUUGUAUGGUCUGGCUGUUAGGGAGAUCUGGCCAUCUUGAUAAGGCUGUAAAGUUGAUUGAAGAAAUCCCAUUGGAGCCUAAUGUUAAGGUGUGGCGUGCCUUACUUGGGGCUUGUGUCAUCCAUAAUGAUGUUGAUCUCGGAAUAAUGUCUGCACAACAGAUUCUUCAGAUUGAUCCCCAAGAUGAGGCAACCCAUGUGUUAUUGUCAAACAUAUAUGCCAGAACAAGGAGGUGGAAUAGUGUUGCUUCUGUUAGGAAAUUCAUGAAAAACAAAGGAGUAAAGAAAGAGCCAGGCUUAAGUUGGAUCGAGAACCAGGGCAUCGUUCACUACUUCUCAGUGGGUGAUACUUCACAUCCUGACAUGAAAAUGAUUAGUGGGAUGCUUGAAUGGUUGAACAUGAAAACUGAGAAGGCAGGUUAUGUUCCUGACUUAAAUGCUGUUCUGCGUGAUGUGGAAGAUGAUGAGAAAAAGCGUCAUUUGUGGGUACACAGUGAAAGACUAGCUUUAGCUUUUGGUUUGAUUAGAACACCAUCUAGAGGCCAUAUUCGCAUACUUAAAAAUCUCCGAAUAUGUACAGAUUGCCAUUCUGCAAUAAAGUUAAUAUCAAAGAUUGUGCAGCGAGAUAUAAUUAUCAGAGAUAUGAAUCGCUUCCAUCACUUUCAGGAUGGAAUUUGCUCUUGUGGUGACUACUGGUGAUUUAUAAGACUAUAGACAGCUGUUUUGCAAAGCCUUAUUUAUGUCUGUGGUCCAUGUAUAAGCAGCUGCUCUUUAGGUAAUAACAAACACAUGAACAAUCAUUGCAGUGCUGCAGUUCUGCUUGCUAAACUCUAGUUGCUAAAUAACUAUGUAUUGGUUAGCUAAAAAAAUACUGAAAGAAAUAAGAUAACUUUCCUCAACUUCCAUGUCUUAUUUUCCUCAGGCGCAUAAAAAAGGAACUGUUCUCUGUCAUCCAACAGGAUGAUAUGCCAUUUUAACCAGCUCAAUGAAGUGCACAGACAUGAAAGUGUGACCUGCAUAUUUAUUUGGAAAUAUGGAUGUUAAUUUUCUUGAACUCUUCAUAAUUUUCUUUAAUUAGAUAUCAAUUUUUACUUCUAAUGCCCCGAAUUAUCAACAUAAUACAUCAGCUUCUGGUUCCAUACGCAAGCUUAUGAUCGUAGUUGUAUAAAAACAUGCAUGUGCUGUAGAAUUGCCUUUAAUGAUCCUAGUACACAUUGGUUAAACUCGUUCAGUUUUGACUGUUGUAGUUAAUCAAACUUGAUAUAUCAGCAACCAUUGAGGGAAGACCAACUUCUUCAAACGAUUUAGUCCAAUAUAUGAGGGUAAACAAUUCACUCUCUCUCUAUUUAUGUUGCGCAGAAAUUUUGGUAUUAGAUGUCCUAUCUUUUUAUCCUUUUCUUGUAAUUUUUUUUUUCUUCUUCUUUUGUUUUCAAAUGGCUUAAAUAUCUUAGUCUAUUUUCUUCUUUUCUUUUCUUUUUUUUUUUUAAUUUUAUUUUUUAACAAAGUUUCUAAAAUUUAUCCAUUUCUAUUUCUUAUAGUUGAUUUCAGCACCAAAUUGAAGUAUCCCUGGGCUGGUUGUGGAGAUGUUUACUCGUCCAGGUAAUUGAAUUCUGUGUAUGUAUUGCUUUUAGUAUAUGUAGAAUUGUCAAUCAUUUUUUCCUUGUCAAGGGGCUUUCAAAAGUUCCUCAGUACAUUGGCACUUUCAGAACUUAUGUAUCCUGAUGUAUGAUAUAUUUACAUAGAUGUAUCCCUUAAGUCUUAUGUUACUAUCCUCUGAAUUUUCUUUUGAGAUAAUAAAGAAGAGAGAUAAAGAUAAGUGCAGUUAGAAAGAGUGAGAAAAGAAAAUGUGAAAAUGAGUUCAAGUAAGCUGAAAGGUCCUAUGCAGAGUAAAACAGGACAUGAGAACAACAACAGGAAAAUUAAAAUCCAAGGCCGCAACUUUGAAGUUAUUAGAAAGGUGUGAAGAAAGGAGAUAGUUAGAAAAAUUGUAGUCAAAUGGUAUUUAUAAAGUAAUUUGGAGAGUUUAGAGGGCAUGAAGAAAGGAGAUAUUAAAAACAUUUCUGAACUAAGGAAAAAAAAAAUUAUAAGAUAGUCACUAGGUGCUGACAUUGUGGCAGAGCCUCAGUCCAAUUGCCUUAUCCCUUCUUGCUGAGAUGAUGCAUAAGGCCAUUAUAGGUAGUUGAUGGUCCUCAAUGUGUCUGUUGACUUAUUAUAAUAGUCCUCACAUGCAUACUUAAAGUAGCAGGCAAUGAGAUGUUUCUUAUUUAGUCCCUAUGCAUAAGCCGAUGUUGUUUAAAAUAAAGUGAACAUCUUGUGUUGAUGGGCUAUAGUGGUAUCUUUUUUAAAACCUUGGCGGUCCUUAAUCAUGCGUAUUGUGAAAUCAUAGUUUGAAUUCGUAAGGCCUAAAUAAAAUUUGCAAUUUUCCUGCAGACUUAUCAUCAUAGUUGAAUUCAAUAACAUCAGUCAUCAUGUGCAUAUUUGAAGUUGUGGUGACGGUGAAUUGGGAUACUAUAGCCAAUAAACAAAAGAAGAUUGGCGGCUCAUUCUUGCUCUAACUUCACAUGUAUUAUACUGUUGCUAUUGCUGCUCGAAUUUUUGUUAAUAUAACAAUUAAAUAUGCUCCGUAAAGUUUAUACUAGCCACCCUGCAUACUAUCUGAUGCCUCCCUCAAGAGAAUUCAUAUCGAGAACUGUUAGAAUAUUUGGUAUUGACUCUCGAGUGCUUUGAGUAAAUGUGUGUAUCUGCAUAUCGAGGAGAAUUUUCUUAUUGCUGCGACAAGCUUCCUGUUUAUAUGUGUGGCUAUUGAUUCUUGGAUACAUGACGCAAGUUUUCUUCUGGAUUGCAAUAGGAAUAACUUUAUUACUAAUUUCCUAAUAGCCCUUUUCAUUAUGCUUGAUGAUACUUUAAGACAGCAACAAUAAAACUGACAGAACAGAGAAUUGACGGAUCACCUACAUAGCUUUGUUGUUCGUCAUUGUUAUCAUCACAUGGUUUAAGUUUAUUAGUUCAACAUGUUAUGAAUUACCACUCAGACUUGAUUUCAAUGCUGUCCUACUAACAAUAAUUUCUGAAGUGCUUUUUCAUUCUUAAAUGAGUAUGAAAGUGAAGAAAGCUUCAAGCAUAUCUUUGUCUAUGACUUCAAAAUAUGCUUUGAUUCCUCGUCCGAUUUACAGUUCUGUUGCUAGCCCCAGUUUCUUGAGAAAUUGCUAAAUGAUAAAAGUAGGAAGCUAUUCUUUUCAGAGAGUUCAUGAAAGAGACUUCACAUUUCUUUGAAAAUGAGCAAGACAAACAGACAACGUAAGAUUGUCAUUGGUGAAAAUAGAUGAUGUUUCUUUGUACCCUUUUUCCUUGAUCUUAUUGAAGUUGUCUUAACAUUAUCAAGUCAUGCAUGACCCUUUUCAUUUCCACAGACUUUUUGCUGUUGAGACAUGCUAAUCCGGUUUUAACAUAUUUUUGUUAAUAAAAAUUAUAUAAAAUGUUGGAUUCCUUUUGAUGCUGCUAUAAUUUAUUCCUUCACAACUUCUUCUCCCUUUCAAAAAUGCAUUAUUAUUACUUGUUUUAAUAUUGGGCAGCAGAUGCUAACCGCUGGCAAUGUGGCACAACUUUGUUAUUGCUUUGUCUUGAAAGGUGUGGCUGAUCUGAAAAGGAAGGUGACUCAAAAGAAAAGCUAUUACUGAGAACUGCUUAAGCUGUAAUGGUAGUGCAAAAGCAAUGCUGUUAACUGUCAAAAGGGCUGAUUGCCUUUCCAAGAGUGCAGGAGAUCAGGGAUUCAAAUCAUGCAAUUCUUCUUGAAUUGGGAGAGAGACUGAAAAAGAAGAAGAAGGUGAUGUUGAAUUUGCUCUUGGCAUCUCAUAAUCAAGCAGUUUAUUGCAAUGGGAUUCUUCCGGAUUAUAAUACUUGAAUAGCAAUUAACAGCAUUUCAUAUGUGGUAAAGAGUAUAAUGAGGAGAAAGGGUACGUGAGAAGUGAAAGGGGGUAGUUGGUAGUCCAGUACUUCAAAACGCCAUGGAAAAUGACCUCAAACGGGCUGUCGUUGUCCACCAGCUUACCUGUCAAACAUUUGUAGCCUAUAUACUUUGUUUGUAUAUUAAAAAGAAAAUAUUAUAUUUGAAUUUGAGCUA